GAAGGACCAUCCACACUUGGAGUCUGCACAGGAACUUGGGGCAAGCGGGCACACUGCAGGGUCAACGGAUCAUUCAAGAGCAGUGUGAGGAGAGAAGAGGAUGAGGAUGGCCGCCAGUCCCCGCACUGCAGCCCUUGAGGUUCCCAAGUUCCCCCUCGGCAUGACCCGGGCUCACACUCACCCAGCCGCUUCCUGUUGCUCUCACUUGGCCACACCUCACGUUUGAGACAUUUCUUUGCCUAGAGUGAGACCAGAACCCCGACUCAAUGCUGCCGCUGCUGCUGCUACUGUCCCUGCUGCGGGAGGGGUCCCUGCAGCAGAAACCAGGCUACGAGCUGCAGGUGCAGGAGUCGGUGACAGUGCAGGAGGGUCUGUGUGUCCUCGUGCCCUGCUCCUUCUCCUACCCUGAGACCAGGACUUACUGGACAAGACCUGGACAGACAUUUAUCUUCUGGUUCCGAGACGGGGACUAUAGUGACUAUGAUGCUGCGGUGGCCACCAACAAUCCCUAUUGGCCAGUGAAGUCUGAGACGAAGGGCCGGUUCCACGUCCCCAGGGACCUCAGCACCAACAACUGUUCCCUGAGCAUCACAGACGCCAGGAGGGAGGACACAGGGACGUACUUCUUCCGAGUGGAGAAGGGAAGCGACGUCAAAUACAACUACAUCAGGAAUAAGCUGUCUCUGAAUGUGACAGCCCUCAAGGAGAAGCCCCACAUCCAGCUCCCAGCACCCCUGCAGUCUGGCCACACCACACAGCUGCACUGCAGCCUGCCAGGACACUGCCCACAGGGGAGAACGCUCCACUUCUCCUGGAAGGCCAGUGCCCUUGACUCUUGGACUCCCUGGAGUGUUGAACCCUCAUUGUUCCUCACACCAAGGCCCCAGGACCAUGGCACCAACCUUACCUGUCGGGUGCAGUACCCACACAAUCAGGUGACCACAGAGAGAACCGUGCAGCUCAAUGUCUCCUAUCCUCCUCAGAACCUCAGCGUCAGCGUCUUCUUCCAAAACAGCACAGGCACAGUCCCAUGGGUACUGAGCAAUGGCACGUCCCUGCCUGUCUCUGAGGGUCUGUCCCUGCGCCUGGUGUGCAUGGCUGAUGGCAACCCCGCUGCCUCGAUGGGCUGGUUCAGGGGACACGAAGCCCUGCCUUCCUCCCGUGCCUCAGCAUCCGGAGUCCUGGAGCUGCCCGAGGUGCAGGCCAAAGACCAAGGAGAACUCACCUGCUGGGCUCGGCACCUGCUGGGCUCCAGGCAUUUCUCCUUGAGCCUCUCUGUGCAGAGAGCUUCCUCUGGCUGCACGUGCGUAUGUGAGAGACAGGAGAGCUCCUGGCCCCUGGUGCUCACCCUGAUCAGAGGGUCCCUCAUGGCAGCCGGCUUCCUUCUCACCUAUGGCCUCACGUGGCUCUACUACACCAGGUGCGGAGGCCCCCAGCUUCACGCCUCGACACCGAGAUGAGCACCGGGCACCCAGAGCCACAGCCAUGGCCAUGUCACGCUAGCCUCUCCCUGGAGGCAGCUCUCUGCUUCUCUUUCCUGCCUGCCUCCUUCCCUGUCCUUAAUCCACCAAGCCCGGCACGUCCUGCCCCAUCCCAGCUUCACCUGCUGCCCUUCUCAUCCCUCCCCACCACCUGCUCCAACAUGUGACUGGGCUGCAUGCUUCAGGUCCCCCACACCUGAGAGCUUGCUUGUUGACCAUGGAAGGACGGGGGAGGCCAGAAAUGACCCAUCCCCGAGACCCGGAUGCACUGCUCAUUGCGAGCCUGGCUGCUCCCUCCACCUGGAGCUGCGACUAUAAAACACGACCAAGGGCAUCUCCACAUGGAAGACACAGGACCGCCCGGGAACAGAUGUUACUCUUGAAGGCCCCUGCGGAUCCUUGUAGACCUCAAGGACAUCUGGGCAUGUUUGCACGCAGGCUGUGGUGUCCGCAUGACCCCAUGGAUGUUCAGUAGAGAAUGUGUCCAUGGUGACCCGGCUUGGGGAGGGUGGCAGGCUGACAGAGCCACAGUGAUGGAUUCUCCCACACCCUGGGCCCUUGAUGGAUGCACAGCCUGGUCCUCACAGCUGGUGCCUGGACCCCUCCCUGGCUGUGUCCACGUCCUUCCUGCCUCCAUGGCUCACACAGGAUACCCAUCACUGCCGGGCUCUCCUCUCUAGUUUCAGCUUUGCCCAGCAUUCCCUGACCAGGCCGAUAUCUCCCAAGUCCUUAGCCAUAGAUUUUCAUUUUUCUUGUGUGACCCUGUUGGCCUCGUUCGUGCAUUUUGUUCACAUUCUGACUCCUGCGUGCCUGACAAUGGCAGAGGACCCAGAGCUGCGAAGGCAUCACAGUGGGACAGAGUGAGGACUUGGUUUUCAUGGACUUCCGAGGACUUUAGCGAGGAGGGUAUGCUGAGGUUCCCUGCCUGUGAUGGAGCAGGCCCAGCUGCACCUGCGUUACCACCUCCUAGAAAGCAUUGGUUGAGUCCUGGAUGUUCCCCAUUAGAUCCAGCUCCCUCCCUGCUUGUGGUCUGGGAAAGCAGUGGAGAAUGGUCCAAGUACUUGGAACCCUGCACCCAUGUGGGAGACCCAGAAGAUGCUCCUGCCUCCUGGCUCCUGGUAUGGGAUGGGCCCAGUGCUGACUGUUGCAACAAUUUGAGGAGUUAGCAGGUGGAAGAAGAUCCAUCUCUCUCUCUCUCUCUCUCUCUGCAUCUCUAUAACAAUUCUGCAUUUAAAAUAAAUAUAAAGAUAUAUUUUGUAAGGCAAGCAUGUUUUCUGCAGCUGUCCUGGCUGGAAGUUUGGGCACAGUGGAAUUGGAUGUCAGUUAGCAUGACUGGUCAACACCAUCUGGUACAAACUCCUGUCCUGUCCCAUCGCACCAAGCCUCUCUCUGGCUCUGUCACCUCCUUCCCACGGUGUCAGGGCCAAGAAGCCAACUCCACCUGCCUUCACUCAGUGCACUGAGCAAAGGAC